UGGGACCAAACGCACGGUCCCUCUCUCGCCGGCUCCUGGCUGUGCCGCGUGCACGCCCGCGCGGGGACCCGCUGCCGGGAUUGCCCUCGGAGGAGGCUCCUCGACCCGCCUUUUAGGAAAGUGCCUCCCCAGCCUGCAGCGCGCACGCCCCCUCCCCUCUUUCUAGGCACCGCGCGCUUUCGUUUUUGUUUUUUGUUUUUUUUCCGCGAAGUAACUUUUGCAUUCCCGCCUCCCCCGAGUCCUGGGGACCAGAGGCGGUGCCGAGCCUGGGGGCGGUUCCUUGGCAGCGUAGAUUCUUGUCAGAGCCAGACUUUUGCUCCUGGGCUCGGUUUGCAUCAUCCCCAUCACACCCUCAGGAGAGAGGAUCCAGCCCCCUUUCAGCCUCAGCUUCCGGCUCCGAGCGGACCCCUCCCCCUCCCAGGCCCCUUCCCCUUCCCCGUCCCUCUCCGGACCACGCAUCUUGCUAGUCCCCUCCCUCUACUCCGCAGAAUUUUCUUUUUCUCUCCCUCCACUCCUCUGUUCGUCGUUUUCUGUUUCCCACUCUUUGAGGAAGGAUGGUUGAUUUGGAGAGCGAAGUGCCUCCUCUGCCUCCCAGGUACAGGUUUCGGGAUUUGCUGCUAGGGGACCAAGGAUGGCAAAACGACGACAGGGUACAAGUUGAAUUCUAUAUGAAUGAAAACACAUUUAAAGAGAGACUAAAGUUAUUUUUUAUCAAAAACCAGAGGUCAAGUCUAAGAAUUCGUCUAUUCAAUUUUUCUCUCAAAUUAUUAAGCUGUUUAUUAUACAUAAUCCGAGUGCUACUAGAAAACCCUUCACAAGGAAAUGAAUGGUCUCAUAUCUUUUGGGUGAACAGAAGUCUACCUUUAUGGGGCUUACAGGUUUCAGUGGCAUUGAUAAGUCUAUUUGAAACAAUACUACUUGGUUACCUCAGUUAUAAGGGAAACAUCUGGGAACAGAUUUUACGAAUACCCUUCAUCUUGGAAAUAAUUAAUGCAGUUCCCUUCAUUAUCUCAAUCUUCUGGCCCUCCUUAAGGAAUCUGUUUGUUCCAGUCUUUCUAAACUGUUGGCUUGCCAAACAUGCCUUGGAAAAUAUGAUUAAUGAUCUGCACAGAGCCAUACAGCGUACCCAGUCUGCAAUGUUUAAUCAAGUUUUGAUUUUAAUAUCUACAUUACUAUGCCUUAUCUUCACUUGCAUUUGUGGAAUCCAACAUCUCGAACGGAUAGGAAAGAAGCUGAAUCUCUUUGACUCCCUUUAUUUCUGCAUUGUGACAUUUUCUACUGUGGGCUUUGGGGAUGUCACGCCUGAAACCUGGUCCUCUAAGCUUUUUGUUGUUGCCAUGAUCUGUGUUGCUCUUGUGGUUCUACCCAUACAGUUUGAACAGCUGGCCUAUUUGUGGAUGGAGAGACAAAAGUCAGGUGGAAACUAUAGUCGACAUAGAGCUCAAACUGAGAAGCAUGUUGUUCUGUGUGUCAGUUCACUGAAGAUUGAUUUACUUAUGGACUUUUUAAAUGAAUUCUAUGCUCACCCAAGACUUCAGGAUUAUUAUGUGGUGAUUUUGUGUCCUACUGAAAUGGAUGUGCAAGUUCGGAGGGUACUGCAGAUUCCAAUGUGGUCACAAAGAGUUAUCUACCUUCAAGGCUCAGCCCUUAAAGAUCAGGAUCUGUUGAGAGCAAAGAUGGAUGAUGCUGAGGCCUGUUUUAUUCUGAGCAGCCGUUGUGAAGUGGAUAGGACAUCAUCUGACCACCAAACAAUUUUGAGAGCAUGGGCUGUAAAAGAUUUUGCUCCAAAUUGCCCUUUGUAUGUCCAGAUAUUGAAGCCUGAAAAUAAAUUUCAUAUCAAAUUUGCUGAUCAUGUUGUUUGUGAAGAAGAGUUUAAAUACGCCAUGUUAGCUUUAAACUGUAUUUGCCCAGCAACAUCUACACUUAUUACACUUCUGGUUCAUACCUCUAGAGGGCAAGAAGGCCAGCAGUCACCAGAACAGUGGCAGAAGAUGUAUGGUAGAUGCUCUGGCAAUGAAGUAUACCACAUUGUUUUGGAAGAAAGUACAUUUUUUGCUGAAUACGAAGGGAAGAGUUUUACAUAUGCCUCUUUUCAUGCGCACAAAAAGUUUGGCGUCUGCUUGAUUGGUGUUCGGAGGGAGGAUAAUAAAAACAUUUUGCUGAAUCCAGGUCCUCGAUGUAUUAUGAAUGCUACAGAUACAUGUUUUUAUAUUAAUAUUACCAAAGAAGAGAAUUCAGCAUUUAAAAACCAAGACCAGCAGAAAAAAAGCAAUGUAUCAAGGUCAUUUUAUCAUGGACCUUCUCGAUUACCUGUACAUAGCAUAAUUGCCAGCAUGGGUACGGUGGCUAUAGACUUGCAAGACACAAGCUGUAGAUCAACAAGCGGCCCCACCCUGUCUCUUCCUACAGAGGGAAGCAAAGAAAUCCGAAGACCUAGCAUUGCCCCCGUUUUAGAGGUUGCAGAUACAUCAUCUAUUCAAACAUGUGAUCUUCUAAGUGACCAAUCAGAAGAUGAAACUACACCAGAUGAAGAAAUUUCUUCCAACUUAGAAUAUGCUAAAGGCUACCCACCUUACUCUCCAUAUAUAGGAAGUUCACCCACUUUUUGUCAUCUCCUUCAUGAAAAAGUGCCAUUUUGCUGCUUAAGACUAGACAAGAGUUGCCAGCAUAACUACUAUGAGGACGCAAAAGCCUAUGGAUUCAAAAAUAAGCUAAUUAUAGUUGCAGCUGAAACAGCUGGAAAUGGAUUGUAUAAUUUUAUUGUUCCUCUCAGGGCAUAUUAUAGACCAAAGAAAGAACUUAAUCCCAUAGUACUGCUAUUGGAUAACCCGCCAGAUAUGCAUUUUCUGGAUGCAAUCUGUUGGUUUCCAAUGGUUUACUACAUGGUGGGCUCUAUUGACAACCUAGAUGAUUUACUCAGGUGUGGAGUGACUUUCGCUGCCAACAUGGUGGUUGUGGACAAAGAGAGUACCAUGAGUGCCGAGGAAGACUACAUGGCCGAUGCCAAAACGAUUGUAAACGUGCAGACCCUUUUCAGGUUGUUUUCCAGUCUCAGUAUCAUCACAGAGCUUACUCACCCAGCCAACAUGAGAUUCAUGCAAUUCAGAGCCAAAGACUGUUACUCUCUUGCUCUUUCAAAACUGGAAAAGAAAGAACGAGAGAAAGGUUCUAAUUUGGCCUUUAUGUUUCGACUUCCUUUUGCUGCUGGGAGGGUGUUCAGCAUCAGUAUGUUGGACACACUUCUGUAUCAGUCAUUUGUAAAGGAUUAUAUGAUUUCUAUCACCAGACUUCUGUUGGGAUUGGAUACUACACCAGGAUCAGGGUUUCUUUGCUCUAUGAAAAUCACUGAGGAUGACCUAUGGAUCAGAACUUAUGCGAGACUUUACCAGAAGUUGUGCUCUUCUACUGGAGAUGUUCCCAUUGGGAUCUACAGGACUGAGUCCCAGAAACUUACUACAUCUGAGUCUCGAGAAAUAGCAUCACAAUCUCAAAUAUCUAUCAGUGUAGAAGAGUGGGAAGACACCAAAGACUGCAAAGAACAAGGUCAUCACCGAAGCAACCACCGCAACUCAACAUCCAGUGACCAGUCAGACCAUCCCUUGCUGCGGAGAAAGAGCAUGCAGUGGGCCCGAAGACUGAGCAGAAAAGGUCCAAAACACUCUGGUAAAACAGCUGAGAAAAUAACCCAGCAGCGACUGAACCUCUACAGGAGGUCAGAAAGACAAGAGCUUGCUGAACUUGUGAAUAAUAGAAUGAAACACUUGGGUCUUUCUACAGCGGGAUAUGAUGAAAUGAAUGAUCAUCAAAGUACCCUCUCCUACAUCCUGAUUAACCCGUCUCCAGAUACCAGGCUAGAGCUGAAUGAUGUUGUAUACUUAAUCCGACCAGAUCCGCUGGCAUACCUUCCAAACAGUGAACCCAGUCGAAAAAACAGCAUCUGCAAUACCACAGGUCAAGACUCUCGGGAGGAAACUCAACUUUGAUAAAAAGAAAAUAAGAGACCUUUUUUUUUUUUUUCCUACAAGAAUCUUGCUUAAACUGACACUAAAUCUUAGGGGAAAAUAAGUGCUGCUGGCAUGAAAUAAACUCGAUCAGAAUAUAUUCCAUUCUCUCAUAUUAAAAGAAAUCUAUUCUCUUAGAAGUAUAGAUUAUUUUGAAAUUUAAAGUAUUGCUUCUUGGUACUCCUCCUAUUAAUAUUUGAAAGAUAUCAAUGUAAUAAUUUUGAAAACCUAAAUUAAAAGACAAAAUUUAAAUUGGUUAUUUGUUUGACAAUAAUCCAAAGUGUAUGAAGCCAAUUUUUUAAAAUAUUAAGUUUUUAUGAAAGUAAGCGAAAAACCCAAGUAUAUUUGGUGCAUCACAAUGGACAUAGAAGAUUGUUGGUCUUCUUAAAAGUUAAAUAGUCAUAUCCUGUAAACUUGCUGUUUUAUAAAAUCGAGCUCAUCAGCAAUGUCUAGCCUUCUCUACACAGAGAUUAACCAACAAACUUGUGUGGCUGACUUUUGUGUAAGACUCACAAUUUGCUUUAGCAUAUAAAUCUUUAAGUCAUUUUAACCUUUUUUUGUUGCCUUUCAGAUGAUAUCAUAUUCAUUUCAGUAUUUGAGAUGUUCAUAGCAUGUUCUAUUACACUGAAGAAACCAAAAAAUAUCAAGUACCUGAACUUUUUGCUAACUUUAUGUCCGACACACGUUGUUUGCCAAGAAAAGUGUAUUAAAAAGCAAAUAUUUAUUGUUCUCCUAAAAGAAUAGCUAACAGAGAAAAUACUUAAAGCCCAUAUGUUAAUUUAAAUUUAAGCCAAGCGUUGAAACAUUAACUGAAACAUGCGUAAUGGUUUUCAUUUGGCUCUGGAGUUUUAACAUUUCCAUAAUCUAUACAGUAUAUCUUAUUUAGAAAACUCCUUUAAAAUUCAAAGAGGCAAAAUGAUGCUAUUUAUGGAAUACAAGGACAUUUCAAACAUUAAAAGUCCUCCUUUAUGCCUUUAGUACCGAAAUCUCAUACACAAAACAGUGGUAUCUUUAAAAAUUUGAUUUAAUUUUGAAAAAUCAUCUAUAGGAACUAUGUUUUCACACGAUGAGGAAAAACACAUGUAACGACAAGUAGUUUUCGCCGCUGAAGUUUAGUAUAAAUUAUGAAGAACUUGACAAUUAUCAAUUAAAUGUAAAUCGCUCCUUGAUGCCAUCAGUACUGCUAUCUUACUGCUUUAUUUCCCUUCAGAAACAGACUGAAAAGCACAAGAGCAGUGUUUGCCAAGUAGUUGGAAUGUGUUACAGCAUUCCCAGGAGAGAGAGAUGGGUAAAUUUCAAAAGGUAUUUUUCUUCUAAUUUUGUAUUUUAAAAAUUUCUGGCCUUGACAUUGACUUUUAAUUCCACAGAAAAGAAGAUGUGUAAGACUAGAAAGAGACAUUUUCUUCUUUUCAUAAAGAAACAGAUAAAUUGGAAAGGCAGUGGAAGAACUUAAAAAAACAUAGAGAAAGCCUAAAAUUCCCCGAAUAAUUCUACGAAAAUGAAAAUGUAGAACCUAACAUGAAAAAAGGAUAGAUAAUAGCCAUUGUAUAAUUUGGCUUAGAGAAGAAGAAAUGCCUGUUUGUUAUUGGUUUUUAGUAUUUUCUAUUACUCUCAUUUUAGCAUAACAAAAACACCAAGAAUUUCUCCUAAAACAGAGAGAGCCUAUCUUUAAUUUUCUUUAAUCAGAUAAGAAAAUAGAGAAUUUAUAACAAGCUUCUUAAAAUUGGAAUUGUAUCUUAAAACGAAGAUUGUAUGCAUAUGCGUGCGUGUAUGUUGUAGACACAUGUGAAAUAUACUUCACAAAUUUACACAUGCACCUAUAAAUUAUUCAGGCUAAAGGCAGAAUUGGAUCAAUGUUUGUAAUGGAGAAUGACAAUGAAUUUAAGUAACUUAUUUUAUAUUUGCACAUAAAAAAUCAAAAAUCAUAUACUUCUUUAAGUUGCCAUUUCAUUACUCCAUUACAGUUAUUUUUAGGAAUAAAUGUAAGAUUUUAUGAAUAUUCUAUUUCCCCACAAGACCUCAAGUUCAGUAUUUUUGCAUUAUGACCAUUGUCAAGACUAGGACUUUACGCUAGGACAUGACUAUAUUUCCUAUAAAACUAAAAGUUUUGUUUCAUAAAUUUUACAAUGGUUAUUUUUGAUUAUGCACAUUAGUCCAAAUUUAAUAGUUGACACAAUUCAUAGCAGCUUGCUAUAAUAAUGAUAGUUUAUUAGUCUUUCUGUUAUUUAAAUAAUAGAAGAUGCUUAUAAAAGCCUUUUAACAAACUGUUGCCUUUUUAAAAUACUUAACUUGCACACAAAAGAAAACAUAAAGUCAGUAAUAGUCCUUGUAAUCCUAUGGGAAUCGGUUCUGUUUAUUGUCUAUGUACCAUUUUGCUACCAGUUACAUUGAAUUGCUUAAAAUAAAUAAUAAAAAUUAUUUCUCAUGGUGAAAA